CUCGCCAUCCGCCGCGCAAGACGGUCGCCAGAGUUGAAAAGAGGACCUUCUCGCCAAGUGACUUGCUUUGUAGCCUUCUUCACAUUAGCCAGAGCAAAGAAUUCUUGAAUGAAGCUGUUGGUGAUUUUUUGCGGACAACAGCACAGAGGACAAAUCAAUUUAAUAUAGUACUUAAGGGGAGAAAAAGAUCAUAAAGAACCAGCUGAGAAGGUGAAGUGAGACAGAAGGUUGCCGAGAAAAGCGAAAGACACAAUGCAGGAUCGAAUGCGCAUACCAGAAUGGUACGCGGGCCGCUCCGUGUUCAUCACGGGCGCCACGGGCUUCAUGGGAAAGGUUCUGGUGGAGAAGCUCCUGCACGACUGCCCGGACCUCGAGCGACUGUAUCUUCUAGUCCGCGCCAAGAGAGGAGUUGAACCCGAGCAGCGGCGCGAGGAGUAUGUUAAUCACAUGGCCUUUGAGCGAGUUCGCCAAGUGCAGCCCAAGCGACUGGAGAAGAUCCACAUGAUCAAAGGGGACGUCACUCUCGACGACUUGGGCUUGUCGGAAGUCGAUCGCGCCGAAGUUACAGCAAAAGUUUCGGUGAUUUUUCACUGUGCCGCCAACGUGCGCUUCGAUCAAGCCCUCAAAGAGGCAGUCAAUAUGAACACACAGGGAACGUACAGAGUCCUCAAGCUGGCAGAGACGGUCACCAAUCUCGAUGCCUUUGUUCACGUCUCCACCGCGUACUGCCAGUGCGAUGAGCCGGUACUGGAGGAGCGCGGCUACCCAGCGCCGCACAGCCCGCUCGGAAUAGUGCAGAUGACGAAUCUGCUGGAUGACGAUCUGCUGGAGCACAUCACACCCAAGCUGCUCAAGACGCUGCCCAACACGUACGCCUACACUAAGGCGCUCACUGAGGAUCUCGUGGCGUCGUUUAAAGGCAAAUUCCCCAUCGCAAUCGCGCGUCCGUCCAUCGUCACUGCGGCCAUCAACGAGCCCUAUCCGGGAUGGGUUGAGGGCACGAACGGGCCCACAGGACUGAUGGUGGGCGCCGGACGAGGCGUCAUCCGCAGCAUGCACUGCAAUCCCAACUAUCCGGCCGAUGCCAUUCCUGUGGACAUCACCAUGAACACGAUCCUCGCCCUCGCUUGGCAGCGCGGACAGAACAAAUCUCCGGAGAUUCAAUAUACGAACGUCGUGGCAUCGACGGAGAACUCACUGUCGUGGGGCGAAAGCAUAGAGCGCGGCAAGGCGGAGUUCUACAAGAACCCGCUCUGCUUCUCGCUCUGGUAUCCGAAUGGCUCCAUCAAGUCCAACUACUUCCACCAUUUAUUUUGUGUGAUAUUCUUUCAUUAUCUGCCAGCGUACUUUAUCGAUCUGCUCCUAGUGAUCUUCAGGAAAAAGCCAUUCAUGGUGCGUGUUCAGAACAAAGUUUCAAUGGGACUGAAAGUGCUGCAAUACUAUACAACGAAGCGAUGGGACUUUAAGAACACGAACAUGAUGAAUCUCUUUAAUUCGCUGGACGAUCGAGAUAAGGAGAUCUUCAAUUUCAAUUGCGAAUCAGUAGACUGGCAUCUAUACAUCAGUAACUAUAUUUACGGGGUGCGAACCUAUCUGCUCAAGGAACCGCCCUCGACUCUUCCUCAGGCCCGAAAGCUCCUGAACAGAUUAUACAUCCUAGAUAAACUCGUCACAUUUAUCUUCUAUGGUUUGCUACUCUGGCUGGUUUGGAGUUAUCUGGACGUCAUUGGGAGUUCUGUUCACUUUGUCUUUGAACAGUCUAAAAACUUAUUGACCAAGUCUCAAGUUUCGCAUUAAGUCAAACAGC